GUUGCGAUUGCGACAGCGCCGUGAAGUCAGCAGGCUCGACGGCGAUGGCGACUCCUACUUCCACUCUUGCUCUUGCGUACGGACCAACGCGCAGAAAUGUUUCUCCGCCGUGGAGCCCCUUCGGCCUUGCGCAGACACCUGGCCUCGAAGGCAUCUCAUCACCGCAGAGCGGCGUCAACCGGUGCGGCCCUUCAGAAUAAGAACAGCGAGGGCACAAUCGAAGAGAUAUUCAGCUCGUUUCACGAAUCGCCUCCGUUUCCUGAACGAUUUGCGCACCUCAAGCAGCAGCUGUGGACUGACGGCCUUGUUGAAAGUUGGAGGGAAGUGCUGAAGGAGCUGGAGGACGCUACCGGGAACGUGAUAGCUCGCGGGAGUCAGAGUGUGCCAGAGAUUCCGUACUCGUCGCUCAACGCAGGACUCUCUGCAAAUGAAAUCGAAGCCAUGAAAUCGUCUGGAUGUGCCAUCAUCCGCGGUGCUGUCCCGGAAGCGGAGGCACGCGACUGGAUUCGCGCCACGCGCGAAUACAUCACCGCAAACAAGGCGAAUAUUAAAGGGUCGCCGGCAGAGAAUAUCGUGUUCUACGAACUCUACGGAAGCCCUGCCCAGAUCCAGGCGCGCUCUCACCCACACGUCAUCAAGACGCACGAAUCGCUUCUCGCCUCCCUCUUCCAUGCGUCUCCAACGACGCCUGUCUCCCUCCACACCCCCAUAUCCUACUUCGACCGCCUGCGCAUCCGGCCCCCAGGCCCGUCCCAAUUCACGCUCGGGCCGCACAUGGACGGGGGCAGUAUCGAGCGGUGGGAGGACGAACAAUACCGCAGGGCGUACAGCACGAUCUUCCAGGGCGGGAGCGGCUGGCGGGGCUACGACGCGUGGGACCUCACCGAGCGGGUCGGCGCGAACCAGGAUCUGUACAACGCGCCCAACCAGUGCUCGAUUCUCCGCCCGCUCCAGGGCUGGCUCUCGCUCUCGCACACGGCGCCAGGAGAGGGCACCCUCCAGGUGCUGCCGCUCCUCAAAGAGGCGACGGCGUACAUCAUGCUCCGCCCGUUCUUCAGACCCACCGCGCGCGCCGAGCGCGGCAGGCCCCUGCUCGACUUUGGCAGCUGGGAACCCGCGCUCGACGUGCCCGCUUUCCCGGGCUCCGUCCCUGCGAAGGCGCAGGUCCUCAGCGACGCGACGCACCCGCACCUGCGGCUCGACGCUGGUGGUGUGCUCGUGAGCGUGCCGGCGGUGCGCCCUGGCGACCAGGUCUUCUGGCACUGCGACCUCGUGCACGCCGUCGAGGCCGCGCACACCGGCGCGCACGACUCCGCGGUGCUGUACGUCCCCGCCGUCCCGUUCACGGUCGGAAACGCCGGGUACCUCCGCUCGCAGCUCCUGAACUUCGCCCAGGGCCUGCCCGCGCCAGACUUCCCCGGCGGGCCCGGCGAGGCGGGAUUCGUCGGGCAGAACACGCCCGCGGACGUCAAAGGAGCUGAGGCAAUGAAGGUCUUUGGUCUCGAGGCGUACACCGAAGAGGACGUCAUGGCGCGCAAGGGGCGGAUCACCGAGGGCGAACGGGAGGCGCUGUACCAGGGCAACAUGAUUUUGUUCUGAGGGCGCGCGUCGCGGGGAGGUCGUGAGUGGCGUGGGGUGGGUGAGUGCUAUGGUUUGUUGCAGCGAACAGGGUGUGCUCAUUGCCGUGCGCCCAGAAUUUUCAUGUACUUAUUUUCAUGCGAAAUGAAAUGCUUAUUCAUAUAUGAUUUACUGGGCCUGUGCACGGCAUUCACGCGGUAGGCCUACCCGGUCAACCUUCGACUAUUCGCUAGGCCGAGGCCGAGCUUACGUGC